AUGCCUGGCUUUCCAAGCCCGUGUGCCCGCUCAGCACGGACGCGCAACUUAGAUACCCCUGCUGCGUUCGGAACAUCCAGACACUCAGAUCAGCACGGACGAAAAUGCCAUGGCAGAAACGGGUUAUCUUGUCGAGCUGUGCGACGUAGAGAUGCACUGCUUUUGACAGCUCCAGCCCUCGUCAUUCCCGGCGCUGCAUCGGCAAAGAAGGUUCGCUUGCCAGAUGGUUCGGAGGAAGAAAUCGCGGCCACGCCGUUCGAUCUGCGUCUUUGUGCACUCAAGGGCACUGUGCCAACCCAGUGGCUUGCCGACUUCAAGCUUGCCGCCGGCACGCAGCUCAAGGUCUCGUUAGAAACGAAGGGGACGUUGCAAGACAUACUCCAGGACCUUGAGCGCGGAAGUGCGACGUCCUCGUCGCGAGGCACGUGGGGUGCAGAUGCAGUUACGAUCGGAGAUGCCUGGUUGGGGGAAGCGAUUCGCCGCGGGCUCGUGCAGCCAAUCACGGACGCCGAGUCGUGUCGCUGGUGGGCGGCAGUCGGACCGAGGUGGCGGGAGCUCGUUUGCCGCCACCCCACAACGGGGCUACCGGACGCUAGCGGGAAGGUGUUCGCGGCUCCAUACCGCUGGGGCAGUACCAUCGUCGCCUUCAAUCAGGCGCGAUUCGACAAGGCGGGCCUGCGACCAGUCACCGACUGGACGGACCUGUUCCAAGAAGGCUUGGAACGCAGGAUCGCCGUGGUGCAGAGCCCGCGGGAACUCGUCGGGAUCACGCUGAAAUCGAUGGGCAUGGGUUUCAACACCCCGGAGAAGGUCAUCGCGAAAGGGGUGGGGCACGAUGCGGUCACGGAUCGCUUCCAGCGCCUGAGAAGACAAAUCAUCGUUGCCAGCAACGAGGAGCACAUGAGAGCGUUCAGCAUGCAGGACGCUUGGGCGAUUGUGGGAUGGUCGUCCGACGUCCUUCCAGUCGCGCAACGGAUGGCCAACUGCCGCGUCGUCGUGCCGAAAUCAGGGACGGCCCUGUGGGCGGACCUGUGGGCGGUCCCAGGGGGUGCGAGGAGGGGCAAUGGGAUGAAAGGACCGGGCCCGCUCCUGCCGAUGUGGCUGGAUUUCUGCCUGUCACAGUCGCGAGCCCGACUACAUCCGGGCGUGUUCCGCUCAGGGCUCCACCCGAGACUCCUGCCCAGCGGAAACGCCUUCUCCAACGAAAUGUUCGAGUAUGCGCAGUCUUGGCAGCAGGAGAGCGAUGUGUUCCCCGAGCGCGACGUUCUUGAACGAUCGGAGUUCCUUCUUCCGCUCGAUGAUCCCACGAAGGCUCUCUUCAACAAAAUUUUGUCCAGCGGAGCAGGAUCGCGGCGUGUGUGA